CCAAAAAGAUCAAACAAUGUCUAAAGAAGCUGAGAUGUCGAUCGCGGUGUCGGCUUUGUUCCCUGGUUUUAGAUUCUCUCCUACUGAUGUUGAACUUAUCUCGUACUAUCUUCGUCGUAAAAUCGAUGGUGAUGAGAACUCUGUUGCUGUGAUUGCUGAGGUCGAGAUUUACAAGUUCGAGCCGUGGGACUUGCCAGAGGAAUCGAAACUGAAAUCGGAGAACGAGUGGUUUUACUUCUGCGCGAGGGGGAGGAAGUACCCGCACGGGUCACAAAGCCGGCGAGCCACACAGCUAGGAUAUUGGAAAGCGACCGGUAAAGAGCGGAGUGUUAAAUCCGGGAACCAAGUUGUUGGAACCAAGAGAACGCUUGUAUUUCAUAUCGGUCGGGCUCCUCGUGGCGAGAGAACGGAGUGGAUUAUGCAUGAAUACUGCAUCCAUGGAGCCCCACAGGAUGCAUUAGUGGUGUGCCGGUUAAGAAAAAAUGCUGAUUUUCGGGCUAGUUCGACCCAAAAAAUGGAGGAUGGUGUUGUGCAAGACGAUGGCUACGUUGGCCAAAGAGGUGGUUUGGAGAAGGAGGACAAAUCCUACUAUGAAUCUGAGCAUCAGAUACCAAAUGGUGACAUCGCAGAAUCAUCAAAUGUUGUUGAGGAUCAGGCCGAUACCGAUGAUGAUUGUUACGCCGAGAUUCUGAACGAUGAUAUAAUAAAGCUCGACGAAGAAGCGUUGAAAGCUAGCCAAGCGUUUCGACCAACUAAUCCAACUCAUCAAGAAACAAUAUCAAGCGAGUCAUCGAGUAAGAGGUCAAAAUGUGGUAUAAAAAAAGAAUCAACGGAAACAAUGAAUUGUUACGCUUUGUUCAGGAUCAAGAACGUUGCCGGAACCGACUCCAGCUGGAGAUUCCCGAACCCGUUCAAAAUCAAGAAAGAUGAUAGCCAGAGAUUGAUGAAGAAUGUUCUGGCCACUACUGUUUUCUUGGCUAUCUUAUUUUCUUUCUUUUGGACUGUAUUAAUAGCUAGGAACUAAAGCUAGUUACGACAUACAUAUUAUUUAUACAUAAAUAAAUAUAGUAUUUGGUCUAUGGCAAUAUGGCAUGUUGAGCUAGUCUUAACAAUUAUUCAAACUUGUGUACAAACCAAAAUUUUUAUGGAAAAGAGAAUAUUUUCG